AUGGAUUUGGCCUUCGCUCCAAAACCCCAAACUUUGUUUCUCAAGCCACCUUCUUCUUUUCUCUUUCUUCACAACAACUUCCGUUCUUUGCGUCCUCUUUCUGCUUCUAAACAUCUCAAGAUUCAAUGCGAACUUGAAGGCAAACUCAAUGGUUCUCAUUCUGCUGAUUUUGACGCUCGCUUCCUUGAUAGGCAAAAGGCACUGGAAGCAGCAAUGAAUGAUAUAAACAACUCUUUCGGAAAAGGUAGUGUUACGAGAUUGGGCAGUGCAGGUGGAGCUUUGGUUGAAACUUUUCCCAGUGGAUGUUUGUCUUUAGACUUCGCUUUGGGCGGCGGUCUUCCAAAAGGAAGAAUUGUAGAGAUAUAUGGACCAGAGAGCAGUGGGAAGACCACCUUAGCACUUCAUGCUAUUGCAGAAGUACAGAAGUUAGGAGGCAAUGCAAUGCUUGUUGAUGCAGAGCAUGCUUUUGAUCCAGCAUAUUCUAAAGCAUUAGGAGUGGAUGUAGAAAAUUUAAUUGUGUGCCAACCAGAUCAUGGAGAGAUGGCUCUUGAGAUCGCAGAUCGUAUGUGUAGAUCUGGUGCCAUAGAUCUCAUUUGUGUUGACUCCGUCUCAGCUCUCACUCCCCGAGCCGAAGUUGAAGGUGAGAUUGGAAUGCAGCAAAUGGGACUGCAGGCUCGUCUUAUGAGCCAAGCUUUGCGUAAGAUGUCUGGAAAUGCAUCUAAAGCUGGUUGUACGCUUAUAUUUUUGAACCAAAUAAGAUACAAGAUUGGUGUCUACUAUGGAAAUCCUGAAGUGACAAGUGGUGGAAUUGCAUUGAAGUUUUUUGCAUCGGUUCGGUUAGAAGUUCGUCCUACAGGGAAGAUAAAGUCUGCCAAAGGAGAUGAAGAAGUUGGCCUUAAAGUUCGUGUAAGAGUGCAAAAGAGCAAGGUGUCGAGGCCUUACAAAGUAGCUGAAUUUGAUAUCUCAUUUGGAGAGGGAGUUAAUAAGCUGGGUUGCAUUUUAGAUUGUGCAGAAAUGAUGAAUAUUGUCUUAAAGAAGGGCUCUUGGUACAGUUAUGGGGAGCAUCGGUUAGGACAAGGAAGAGACAAAACAUUGCAGUACUUGAAGGAGAACCCGCAUCUUCUAGAAGAAGUUGAAAAGGUAGUUCGGUCUUCAAUGAAUGAUGGAACUAACCAAACUAGCUUUUCACAUAUGAAGAAUAAUCCAUUGCUUCAACAUGACAAAGAUAUAUAUGAGGAAAGUCUAUGA